AUGAAUGGAAGAGACUUGCCAUGGGGCCUGCAAGCCAUAAAAUGUACAUGCAAUGGCUGUUGUGAGCAUCGUCGUGUCAAUUGGAUGGCCUGGCAUCAAGGAGGCAUACUUACACUCACUUAUAUGGCAUACACUUGCUAUCAUUUGACUCGAAAACCGAUAUCUGUAGUGAAGAAUGUCCUGAGUGUUAAUUGCAGCAGUUUGCCAGUACCUCCAAAUAUUUUAGUGAACGAUAGCACAGCAUUACUCGGUAUGCUGGACUCGGCAUUUCUAUUUGCAUAUGCGGCGGCUAUGUUUCUGAGUGGCUUCAUAGCAGAGAGAGUAAAUCUGCGAUACUUCCUUUCCAUUGGUAUGCUUGCAUCAGGCAUAUCGUCCUACCUGUUUGGAAUUGCUAAACCAUAUAAUAUUCAUAAUCUGUGGUAUUUCGUCUUCGUGCAGAUAUUAGGUGGAAUUUUUCAAACGUCUGGCUGGCCAGGUGUAGUGACUGUCGUAGGAAAUUGGUUUGGAAAAGGCAAACGUGGGUUGAUCUUCGGCGUGUGGAAUUCACAUACAUCUUUGGGAAACAUAUUAGGCAGUCUAAUCGCAGCUGCAUAUGUCGAAUCCGAUUGGAGUCUGAGUUUCAUAGUGCCCGGAGUGAUAAUGGGAUUGAUAGGAUUCAUCAUCUUCCUAUUUUUAAUACCGAAUCCUAUCGACAUAGGAUAUAACCCGCCCGCAUCUCUUGGAUAUCGAAAAAUUGAUGUAACAAACAGCUCGGACGACGAUCUGGCUGAUGUAGGUUACGAAUCUCGUAGUAUCAGUGAGGAUAAUAUGACAAGUGGACGAUCCGAGACCAGUCCGAUGCUGCCUGGAAAUCGACGCGUUCAUAGCACAUCCCAUAACAGUGCGAUCGGAUUCGCAGGAGCCCUGAAGAUACCCGGUGUCAUCGAAUAUUCUUUAUCGCUAUUUUUCGCGAAAUUAGUUAGCUAUACAUUCCUGUAUUGGUUGCCGUUGUACAUUAAGGCUUCAACUACGUACAGCGCGACUGUGAGUGCGGAUCUGUCGGUAUUGUUUGAUGUUGGCGGAAUAAUAGGUGCCAUCACAGCCGGAGUUCUUUCCGAUUAUAGCGGUAUGAGUGCGUUGACAUGUGCCGCAAUGUUUGGAUUUGCAUUUCCCGCGUUAUUUAUAUAUGACUAUAUCGGAAAUACCGGACUAGGCAUCAAUAUAGUAUUACUAUUGAUAGGAGGACUUUUAGUAAAUGGUCCUUAUGCAUUAAUAACGACCGCGGUAUCGGCUGAAUUGGGAACUCAUCCCAGUUUAGGAGAAAAUUCAAAGGCCUUAGCUACAGUGACUGCCAUUAUUGAUGGAACCGGUAGUAUUGGAGCUGCAGUUGGUCCAUUGUUGGCAGGUGUAGUGUCUCGAUGGAGCGGAUGGCACAAUGUGUUUUACAUGCUUAUGUGUGCGGAUUUGCUCGCUCUAUUGCUUUUGUCCAGAUUAGUUUACAGAGAUAUAAGAUCGUAUGUGCAAAGGCGAAGAACUAUUCAAAUUUAGAAUGCAUAGCAAAAUUCGCAAAUUGUGUCAAUGGAGACAUGUGAUUUUUAUGCGUUUGGAUCUGCGUACUCAUAAUUUCGCUCAUAUCUCCUUCUUUAAAAAGCGUUUCUCGAAUAAAAUUCCAAUGAGGAUCGAGAUAUGAGAGAUAUUUAAAUGUACAAAAAUAAAUAAUAAUAUAUUUUCGAGUAUUUUUCGUCAUAAUUGUGCUACAUAUGUAUAUCUAAAUGUAAGUAAUUUUAAACAGAGAUGUUUAUGCUGCUAAUUUAAAUAUUCCUCGAGAAAUUGAUAUUUUUUAAUAAUUGUAUAUACAAUAUAAAAGAUGUUAUUUUUUUUACUGUACGCUAAAUAUCAAAUGUUACCAUGUGAGUUCGUAAUUAUAAUUAUAUUACAACAUAAAUAUAUUAC